UGGGCCGGAGCGCCGGGUGAGCAGCCCGGGCGCCGCGGCAGGUGGCCCGGGACAGCGCGGGCCCGGGCGGGAGGGCGCCGGCGGGCGCGGCCGGGCGAGGGGAGUUCCCGCAGGCUGCCCCGCCCCGCCGCUCGCGUCCGCCCGCCCGCCCGCAUCUCCUCCUCGCCUCGCCAUGGUGGAGCAGGGAGACGCGGCGCCGCUGCUGCGCUGGGCCGAGAGCCCCGCCGUCUCCCUGCCGCAGGCCCCACGGCCGCAGGCGGGAGGCCGGGGCCGGGGCGGAGGUGGGGGCGCCCGGGCGGCCGCCGAGCCGCGCAGGAGGCGGGAGCCCGAGGAGCCGGCUUCCUCCGAGGUGCUGCUACAGCCCGGACGCCUGGAGCUGGGCGACGUGGAGGAGGACCAAGUGGUGGCCGUGUUCGUGGUCACCUUCGACCCCCGUUCGGGAAACAUGGUGGAAUGGUGCUUACCUCAAGAUAUUGACCUAGAGGGUGUCGAGUUCAAGUCUAUGGCUAGUGGGUCUCAUAAAAUCCAGUCUGACUUCAUCUAUUUCCGAAAAGGGCCCUUCUUUGGCCUGGCCUGCUUUGAAAACAUGCCCGUGGAAAGUGAGCUGGAACGUGGCGCACGGAUGAAGUCUGUGGGCAUCCUCUCUCCUUCCUACACCCUGCUUUACCGGUACAUGCACUUCUUGGAGAACCAGGUUCGACACCAGCUGGAGAUGCCGGGACAUUACUCUCAUCUGGCUGCCUUCUAUGAGGACAAGAAGGGGGUGCUCCAUGCUGGGCCCGGCAGAGGCAGCAGCCUGCCCCCUGUCUACUGGCUGCCUUCCAUCCACCAAUACGUGUACCCUGAGAUGAAGAUCACACACCCAGCCGGCUGCAUGUCUCAGUUUAUUAAAUUCUUUGGAGAACAGAUCCUCAUCCUCUGGAAAUUUGCCUUACUUCGAAAGCGCAUUUUGAUAUUUUCUCCCCCACCUGUGGGCGUUGUGUGCUACCGAGUAUACUGCUGCUGCUGCCUGGCCAACGUCUCGCUGCCUGGCAUUGGGGGCACCAUUCCUGAGUCCAAGCCUUUCUUCUACGUGAACGUGGCUGACAUCGAGAGCCUGGAGGUAGAGGUGUCCUAUGUGGCCUGCACCACAGAGAAGAUAUUCGAGGAGAAGCGGGAGCUGUACGAUGUCUACGUGGAUAACCAGAACGUGAAGACACACCAUGACCACCUGCAGCCACUGCUGAAGAUCAACAGUGCCGACAGGGAGAAGUACCGGCGGCUCAACGAGCAGAGGCAAAUGCUGUUGUAUUCCCAGGAGGUAGGAGAAGACUGCAGCCCUUGUGAAGAGGACCUGUUUGUGCUGUUUUUUCUAGAACAGAACAACCGGAUAUUUCAGACUUUGUUGGAGGUGUCUGCCAGUCAAGACAAAACUCUGACAGCAGAGCAUGCCCGAGGCAUGGGUCUGGACCCUCAAGGAGACCGGAGCUUUCUCAUGGACCUGCUGGAGGCCUAUGGCAUUGACGUCAUGUUGGUCAUUGACAACCCCUGUUGUCCGUAGGAAGGACACAGGGCUCUGGAACCACUCACAUGGGACAACAGCAGCCUGGAGUUCACCCUAGACCUCCAAAGGGCCUCAUUUCUUUCUUAAGUUGACACAAAGGAAUAUUGUUUAUACUUUCCAACAAAUGUAAUUUUUGCAAUCUCCUUUCUGCUCUUUCUACCCAGAAGUAAGGUGAGACCACCCUGGUUUUGUGGCCUGCUUUGGCAUAGGAUGUUCAAAUUUGCUACUUUCUCCGAGAGCUGCUUGUCCUUUGGCUUUGGUCUUAGGAGUUAAAUCACUCCCUGCCACUGAGCCCUGGAAACAUAGGAAUCGACAGACUGUUCAGAAUGUCUGUCUAGUCUUUACCCCUUGGUAAUAAGACAACCAUCUGUCCAGUAUGGACUUAGAUAUCCAUCCACCUGAAGGCAGAAACUAGAGCAGGUGAGCAGUCAGAGUGGUUGUAGGAGUUGGUAGUCUAGGGACCAGACCUCUUUUCUUGUUAGCUAAGGCAACUCAGUCUUCUCUGUUCACUUGAGCUGGGACCACAAAAGGCCAAAAGGAUGUUUCUGACACCAAAUAUGAGUGUCUCUUAAGGGUAGAAUGACAGGGAAAGAAAGGUUGCUUAUAAGUGAGCUGGAAACUAAAAUCGUAGAAUGAAGCCUUGGAACCUUUCUCAAAGUAAUGGUGGCAACUCAGUGGAAUAUUCCUCUUUCUUGGAAGCCCUCCUCUCAGGAUGGGUUGGCCAGUUCCUUCAGGGUCAGUGCUAGCCUUGGAGCUUGCAGGCAAAUUUUACAAGUUAACCUCUCUUAAGGGCUAACCAUCCUCUUGGAGUAAUUUGGGUAUUUUUAAAGGGUAGAAUUUGGGCCACCAAAAGUUAGAGCAGUUGAGGUUCAAGCAGCUUGGAGAAGAAGCCCUCAGUUUCUUUAUCUGGACUAAUUCUCUGAAGGCGCUGUCAGCAAUGCUUUUGGGCAACACAGAUUUCCUGGGUUCUGGAAUAAAAACACCAGAGCAGGUUAACUCAGAGGUUGGAGUGUGAUGGUAACAAGACUGUUCAUUACCCUGGAACCCUGACAAACUUAAUUUUUCUUUAGCAGAAGCAGUUCCUUAGGCUGAGCUAAUUGGUCCAGAGAUCUAAAGAUUUGUUGGAAAACUCAACAGUGCCUUCACAGAAGAAGUGUCAGGAAGCCCUGAGUGCCAUAGUGCAUUUAUCUGCCUUUUGAGGUGUUUUGGUCUGGGAUGGGUGCUCUGGCUACCUGCCGGUUCUCUUCAGCUGGCAUUUGAAGGAUGGCAGGGUGAGCAAGACAGGGGCCAUCAGCCGGUCAGAAAGCUGUGAGUUGAGUUGAGGCCCUUAUUGCCAUUGUUGAGGUGACAACUCGAUACUGGACAGUUUCUUCCUUUUCAUCUUUCUGCCCAGUUAUUGGAGCACACACAGAUGCACCCAUGUCGCUGACCAAGCCCCAGCCAGCCUAACGUACACAGCAGAGAGACAACCUCUAAAUAGAUGGGUCACAUGUCUCACCUGGAGGUGAGGUUCUUAGGGCUUACUGCUGUAUUUGAGUAUUUUCACUGUAUUUCCUUGAUACGGAAUCCAAGACUGAAAGAAUUGAUGCGUAGACAUGCAAAUAGACAUUAAUCAAGGUGUAGUAUCUUUUAUGUAAAUAUAUAAAUAAGUUUGGGCAUUGAAAGUUAAACUAUACAACUAAUACAUUUUUUCUCUUUUGUAGUGUGGGUUUAGUUAUCAUUUCAGUAAUAUAUGUACUUACAAAAGAAAAAAAAAAUCUAUGUAUGUUUAAGCCUGUAGCUUCCCCUGUUCGUCCCUUUAUGAGCAGCCCUCUUGUCUUGCCCCUCAAGGGGUAGGGUGGCUUCCUAAACUUGGGUCAGAUGAUGAUUGCUUUUAGUCAGCCUGAGGCUCAGCGUAUCCUAAGUUGGGGGUGAGUGGUUAGAGACAGGAGGAGGGUGAAAGGCAAGGCCUGCUUCUCCUGGAGGACACAGACCCUUUUUGUCUGGUGUUGGGGAAUUUGCUGGAAGUAUGCCUUGUCAGCAGUUCUGCUCUAGAGCCUUCUAACUGCAAAACCUUUUGUUUCCUUGCUGUUUUAACUCCGAGUCUGAUGUAAAGAUAAGAGCAUGAAGAUGAGGGUCCUGUAUUUUCCUUUGGUGAAUCAGGACUUCUGGGUUUGUCCUCAUGUCAUGCUUUUCUAGGCAGCUGUCUGGCAUCUCCUUGUGUCCACCCUCAUGGGUGGGUACAGGUGGCCUGGGAGGGGAAUGUACCAGGGCGGCAGUGCCAUGUCUUAGGUCUCACAGCCGGGGCCUGGCUGACCUCAAUCAGAGCUGCUCCCUUUAAGAGGGAACCCAAGGAAUCUACCCUACCUUGCCACCUUCUUCAUGGGGUCAGAAAUCUUGUGCAGAGCUUCUGCAUGGCUGAGCAAUACACGCAUCACCUCUUCAGUUACCUUUGUCACGGUUUAUCAUCCUGCAAAGUAUAUUUUGCCUUGUGAAGUUGCUUCCACGGUCACCGUCUGAAACUUGCUCUGUCGCAGUUCUCCUGCCCCAUGUUAGAAAUUAGCAGGUACAAGCCAGUGACAUUUGCUGCCAGGUCUCUACAAGAGGAGUGAGUAUAUGAGGUUCUAGACACAGAUGCCUUCACAGUGACACAAAAGCAGAGAGCCAUGUGGAACUGCUUUUCUCUUACUCUUGAUAGAUUUUCUGAGAAAUCUGCUUUUGUUGGGAAGAAGGUGGUGAAUGGUCUGUUAGCCCUAUGGGGGCAGGCAUCAUUAUUACUGUUCACCUCCUGGAGCAGGGUUGGGAACUAGGGUAGGGGGAGCCUCCUGCCCUUCUCUACUAUUGGGCCUCACCCCUCCCCUGCCUAUGUGGCUUAGUCCUGGGCAACUGUAAGCCUGGCCUCGUGCCAUGCUGUGAACCAUGUGCUAACUUGGAGAUACUUGCUGACCUGUGAUGUUGGGGCUGCCCCAUCAUUCCUCAAUGAGUUAGAUUCCUUAUGGGGACAAGCUAGGUUUGGGUUAGUAUCCAUGUAGAAUAUGGUGCAAAUGCCUGUUAAAGAUGUUUUCACUUUUUGUUGUUGUUGUUUAAAAAGAUAUAAUACUUUUUGAGUGUUUAAAAUGUCUUUGGGAGACAGUAGAAGUUUUACCACAAAGCUCUUUCAGUGGCUUAUGCAAGGCCAAAGAGCAAAUAAAAAUAUGUAUUUCAUGAAACACAUCUGAAUGGGGUACCAGGAGGAUCACAUCUUGGAGCAUCAGAGGUUUGUAAUACGUGGAUGCAGGGUAGCAUGAGUAAAGGCCCUGAUUCCAGGCCUGCGCAGGUGAACCCGAGUCAGAAUGAAUCCAGGUUCCCUGAAAUUAGGGAACUACCGCUGUGGUCCCAUCUCUGCUUCACCAAAUGCCUGUGAUUGUCAAGUGCGGAUUUCUCUCUUCCACAGCUGUCAGAAGCAUCUGGGUUUCCUCAUCAAAACUAGUUUUUGGCAGCCUGCGUGCUGUCUCUGGACCUUAUCACAGAGAUCUUGCCUACCCAUCCUGUGAAAUAUCCUUAAAGUCAAAUUCCAUGCUUGCUGUGCCUCAUAUUGCUGGAUGAGCAGGUUGGCCAGUCCUUCCCAGGAUGAUUUUUUCACUUCAGUCCAGGAAAUUUGUUUGAUUUCCAGUUUCAAAGUCUCUUGCUUGAAGUGCUCCUUAAAUUUUUUUGAACUCCUUCUUAUUGAGCUCCUCUAGAUACCAUAUGAGCCCAAAAUCAGAGAAGAAAGAUGACACCAUUUCAUCCAGGCCACAAAAACCAGUCACUCCAGGACUUCCCAGUUGAUCUGUGAUGAAGGGCAGCUGGAUCUGGGAGGAAGAAGUCUGUGGUGCCCUUUGAUUGGCCAGUGACUCACUCCUGCCCCAUUGGCUAAGGAGGGUUGCUUGGGAUUUCAUUCUGGGGUUAAUCUGUAGCACAUCUCUCAGCUCGUUCUCUAGGGCCUCGACCUUGGAAUCCAGCUCCCCCCGAAUAGGAGGACCUGGAGGUAUGCAUAGUUCCGAUGCAACAUAGUCCAGGCAGAUAGAACAUCUACUUGCUUCAUUGAAGUGUUCGGCCAUGACCCUGUCUUUCCUCCACUAGGCUCCCUUCUGGCUUCCAGCUGUGUCCAAGGACAGCUCAGAUCCGGAGAGAAACUCACUUUGUAGGGAUCAGGGAAAAUGUGAUGCUUUCAGUUUUUGUAGGCUCAGCAGAUGGUAAUACUCAGCCUUUGGGGAAAUGUCCUCUUUUGGCUUAGAACUUUUUCAUUAUGGAGUCAGAAGUGGUAAGGCUUAUCUCCUACUAGACUUAAAAACAUGGGCCAAAAAUUGGUUUAGAAUCAGCCUUGAUUUUAGUUAAAUAUGAAGCAUCCCCCAAGCCUGGUGUAGAUCCAUUCCAGUGUUCCUGUCCCUCCUGGGGCCUGUCCAGUCCUCAAUAAUUAGAUUACAGUGAGAAGGUACUUGCUGCCCAUCAUCAUCCACAUCCACAUAGCUCUUUCUCUGUCUGGCUUGGGGAGGGAAACAGAAUUCACCAAUGUAGCUAUAGGAAUAAUUUAACAUAGGAACUAGUAUUUAUAACUUGUUCCAUGUGAAAAUCAAGAUGGGAAAGUUAAGAGUAGCACACAGGUGCAGGUAAUUCCUGAUGUCACGUGUGAAGAUUCAUUUUUCAUGAAACUAAUAUUUUAGCUAGAAGAUAAAUCAUAGUUACAUCACUGUUUUUCAUUCUGAUGGCUAUGAGGAUGGAUUUGCUAUCUCUCUAGAUACAUUGAAAGCCCUUCAAACAAUAAAAAGAUGAAAUUACCUUUAAACUGAUGCCUUUGGGGGACCUUGUGUAAAGGGCAGUAAUGAAUUAACCUAUUAGUGGUAGGACCUUAACCCUCCCAGAGGUAGGGACCUCAGGCCAUUUCCCCCGCUUUGAAACUGCACAGCCCAGGGUACGGACUGCCAUGCUUUCUGCAGCCUCCCUGUAGGUCCUCAGAGAGCUGCAGGAUGCAGAGGAGGGGCAGAUGAGUAAAACUGUACGAUGAUCAGCUUGUCUUAGUGUAAUGGCACUUCUAAAAUGGGCAAGAAAAUUAAUGCAGGGACCAAUUUGCCAGGCAUGGGCUUAGUUAAGUCCCUGGCCGGCAGGCUUGAAAUCGGAAAUGUCCAGCCCUGCUGUUCCUUGCAGUUAUACUAUGAGGUGAGAAUCCCACAGAGCCAAAGGCUGUCCUCAGCAGGCCCGGUCCCGUCCCUUCUCAUUUCAGGAAAACCCUUUUCUGAUUCAGGGUAGGGGAGAGGAGUUGUUACAGGCUCCUUUUACUCCCAACUCAUGGAUGUUUAAUAUUCCAUUUUUAUUACUAAUAUACCUCUGUUCCCAGGAACUACUGGCGUGUUGCGUGUUGUGGGAAAAGGCUAACUGUGAAUUAAGUUAAUGUUUACUUAUAAGAAAUGGAAGUUUAUUUUUAUACCAAUAUUACUAUGUGAUGAACUGAGUAUGCAGAUACUGAAAUAGAAAAUUUCGAAACUAUAAUCCUGGAAGGAAUGGGCAGUUUUGUAAUUUGGUAGCAGCCGAGACCCCAUAGAAGUUUUACUGUGUCAGUAUUUCAUUGGAUGAGGCAGCUGUGCUGUGAAAUCUUGACAGCACUCUUUAGGACAUGAACAUACAAACACAAACCUUAAGUAAAACUUUAGUAUAAAAUGGGGUAAGUGGGAUCGUUCUGAUUAUUAGGCCUCUUAGUCAACUGGAGAAGGGGGAAUGGGCAGUGGGAGUGGGAGGUGGUUUUAUAACUAGCACUUUAAUUCAAUUUUGGAGCUGGAAUUUAGGGGCACUUGGAUGAAAUUGCAAAUUUAGAAAGGGAGUAAGAAUUUUCUAGUGCUAUGUAGAGCAGUGGUGGUAGAGAGAUAGAGCCCUGCUUUCAUCUUUUUAAGAAUUUAUUCUAGAAUUCCAUCAUAACACAGCCUUGUAGAGCUAAUAUGACCUAAACUGGGAAAGUUAAUUUAAUUAUCAUAGUAAGGAAGGCACAGAUUGCUUAUGUUUACUGUAGAAUGUUUAUUUAGACUCAUAAUAAAUUUACAUACUUGCUAAGGACAUUUGGAAAAUGUAAGGAUAAGGCAAGGUGUUAUAAAUUAGCCCGAGUUGAUCACAAAAAGUCCACACAGGGGUAACUAAGUUAGAUAGUUGCAAAUAUAUUUAAUUAGCAUUAGAGUGAAAAUUCCUUACUUUGGGUAAAUUAAGCAAAGAUAAAGUAUAAAAAUUUUUUAAGGUGGUGUUAGAAAAGAGCUUGUGUCUGGCAUACACACAAAGACUCAGCGAAGAUGGUAGAGUCCGUGCUUUUGAACAGCCAGCCUGGGUGGAGACUGCAGGGACAAAGAACAGAGGACAAACAAAAUGAACUUCCUUUAUCUACCCAAAGCUUAUUGACUAAAUUUUUUUUUUUUUCAUAGUCCUGGGAAAUAAACCCUUCCUGGAAAAUAAAUAGUUGUAGCCUUGGAAAAACUGUUUUCCUGAGUUAGGAUCAGCAGAGCCUCCCUGUCGCCUUAAAUGUAAAAACUUUAUUUUGAUUAAUACCCUAGCAUAGGAGUUAUAGCAAUAAGAGAAACUGAAUCUACUUUUGUUUCAAGUCCUUGCCUCAUAUUAUGAAAUAAGACAGUACAUAAAUGUUGCCCUGAAUGCUGGUGCACACAGGUAUAUUGUGCUCUCUUUGUUUUCAUGUUGAUAAUUUUAAAGGCCUAAAGAAAGUUGGGUUAACUCUGAAGCUAAAUGUUUCUGGAAAUGAUUUUGUUCUGUGGUACAAAUAACAUCUAUGUAUGUCAUAUCUGUAUAUAUCUGAACCAAGUUGUAUGCAGAGAGGUUGAUAAAACUAUAUUUACAGAAAAUGAUUUUUACAAUUAAAGUUCACACUUUAACAUGAA